AUGGAGGCAUGUAGCUGGCCGCCAGCGACAAAAGAGAAGGACGACUCGUGGAUACGUCGGGCAUUUGCCCAAGUCGCGAGCUCCUACACCAGCAGGGCAUGCAAGGCGCUCCUUGUUCAGCCGGCGGAGCAUGCCAACGGGGUGACGCAGCUAGCGAGCCUCGUGGACGACAUAAUCGACCACCUGCGAUUUGAGCUUGCGGUCUUGGAUCUCUACCUCCCGACCUUGUUAUCCCUCCACCUCGAGUCAAACGCGCAGAUGCGGACGAUUACCGAGGAAAUAUAUGGAAUAGCAGUGGCGGCUACCCAAGGCCAAUCUUACUUCCCCUCGCUGGUCGAUGUAAAAGAACGAUCGCUUAUCCGCCUGCUCUCCUCCUCGGCUAAAGCGAGCAUUGCGCUCGCUCGGCAGGAGUAUGGUCUCCUAACCCUCCUCGCACUCACUUCUUAUGCUUUGUUGUCCGCACUGCAAGAGCGCAAGGAAAACAUUCUGGUCCUACAGUCCAGUCUGGACGGAUUGAAAGAGCGAAUGUCGGAGUUCUCGAACGGAUCUUGCACCAGUCCUCUUUGCGUAACGACCAUGGCGAGGGAAGUAUAUGAUCGCCUCCCGACCGUGGCGGAACUCGACAGGACAACCAAUGAGAAACGUCCCAGCGCCAAGACGAUACGAAGUUCCGCCCUCGAGUGGAUGAAAAGGCAUGCUCUAGAGCAGCGCGAUCAAGCCGGCAACAACAACAACCCAGCCGAUGAUGCCCUCCGAGCCUUGCCCUUUGGCGUACCCACGACCGGCUCGAGAAACACUUCAACAACUAGCACUCCGCAAUCCGACUCCUCCCAACCGGCCGCACCACCUAACACCCAUACCUCCGCCGCCGCCGCCGUACGUGCCGUACGACUUUACAACCUCACCUGGCUCCACCGCACCGUCGGCGCAGCAAGCUGGCACUGGCAAGGAUCUAGCUCAUGCCCCAUCUUCUUACGCAAGGGUCCUUACUCCUGCUCCGACUCCCGCCUCGAAGCAGCUCUCCUCUUCGCCGGCCUCGACCUCCCCGACCUCCACGAUUACUCCGGGUUCUUGGGCAAAGACGAUACGUGGGAGGAUUAUCGAUACGGGAUGCCGCCCCGGGGCGAUGCGGCGUACCUCUUGGUGUGCUGGCCGACGAACUAUACCGCGCCGAAUGUCGAGUGGGGCAUGUGGUGGAGAUCGGCAUAUGGUGGAGAUCGCGUCCACAAGGAACGGCUUUGUAUCGAAGCGACUGCUAUGCCGAUUUCUUAUGCCUGUGAAGCUCGCUUCUACACCGACAGAGAUGGCCAAGUGCAGCAAAGGCACGAUAAGAUGAUUUGGAGCACGAAAGAGGAGAACAAUCUGGGCAUUUGGUCCAACUUUCCCCUGGCGCAUGUUAGCGCAGAUUCAUUGGCGCAGAGCGGUGGGGGGUUUAAGUGA